UACAUUAAUUUAUUCUUCUCUUCAUCAUUGACCAGAUCCCUUUUUACAUAUUUCAUGUCAGCCCUUAUAUAUAUAUUAAGUUUAUAAAGUUCACAACAAUUAUAUAUGCUUAUCUACUCCUAAUUUCAUUCAUCACCCCUCUCUCUAGCUAGCUGCAACUUCUCUAUAGUGUCCUAUACUAUAAUAUUACUCUUCACACCCCCCCCCCCUUUUUUUUUCCUCUAAUAAUCAUAAUUCAAUUAUACAACAAUAUGAAUCAAUUCCCAGACAUUCCUACUGGAAGAUCACCAAGAAGAGAACUCCAAGGUCCUCGUCCUACACCUCUUAGAAUACAUAAAGACUCUCACAAAAUCAAGAAACCACCGUUGGCGCCGCAACAACAACAACAACAACAUCAACAACAACUACCACCACCGCGCCAACCGAUUAUUAUCUAUACCGUCUCCCCUAAAGUAAUUCACACCACACCCGGUGACUUCAUGAACCUCGUUCAACGUCUGACCGGUUCCUCCUCCUCAUCCUCGUCCUCUUCUUCAUCAUCAAUUGUCGAUCCUUUUAAAAAUGAUGGAACAAUAUCCCCGGCCGCGCGUUAUGCCACCGUAGAAAAAGCUAUGUCUCCUUUGGGAAAAAAACAUCAUCAACAACACCAACAACAAAUGAUAGUACCAAUAACAAGUACUACUACUACUACUACUAGUGAUGUAAUAAGUGACAUGGAAGGAAUAGAACAAGUACAAUAUAUGAAUCAUGGAGUAGAAAGAGGAAACAUGAUGUUUCAAGGGAUUUUGUCACCGGGACCGGCUUCACUAUCACCAAUUCCUUCUAAUUUUUUCUCGCCGCCGUCUUCGGAUCCAAACAUGUUUAGCAACCUUCUUCAAGAUUUUAGUCCUGCACUUCUUAGUAGUAGACAUUUUAUGGAAGGUGGUCCUAAUUUUUUUUUACCUAGUCCUUCUAAUUUUAUUUCACCUCAAGCUCAUACUCCUUCUAUUGAUUUAUUUAACUAUUUCUUAGACUAAUAAUAAAUGCUUAACAUUUAUUCGGAGUUUUUAAUUUGAUUAUAGUUUUCAUUUCAUAUACAAAGAUUUUUAGAUAGGGCUUAUAUGAUUGGUUUACUUACUUACCUAGCUAGUUAAAUUACUUUGUUGAGUUAUUUUUCUAGCUACCUGGAAUUUGGAAAUAAUUUAAUUGGAUUUAUUUUUGGGCCAUUUUGGGGCUCAAAUAUUGUUUAUGA